AGCUUCGACCUGACCUUGCAACGCAAGAGCUUUCAACAUUCAGAAAGCUUAUCCGUAACCACUAAAUUCCGAUCGCACACCUUCGCAUCCACCAUUCCUAAACUCUUUCAACCUACGCAUUUUAUUUUCUCUCUCUUUUCCCCGUAUUCAUCAAGAAGCCAGAUCGCAUUACUUUUUAAACAGUUCAUUCAUUAGCGAAAUUCUGCGUUCCGGAUCUUCGCCCCCCAAACUUAUUUCGUAUUUGUUAUUUACAGCCAGGAUUCGCCGCCUCGACGACGACCAUGGCGCCGAGUAACAACCAGCCAACCUCGGCCGAGGAGGGGAAAGGCAAGGCGAUCGAUAGCCAAGCCGACGAGAACAAGAAAGCCAAAGAUGGACAGCCUCAAGCCAAUGGAAAGAAGGAUGAGGACAAGAUCGACUCUGCGGAAGAGUUGAGUGAAGAAGACCAACAGCUCAAGAGCGAGCUUGACAUGCUCGUCGAGCGAUUAACGGAAUCCGAUGCCUCGCUCUAUAAACCGGCUUUAGAGGCCAUGAAGACUUCCAUAAAGACUUCGACAUCCUCAAUGACGGCAGUACCGAAACCGUUAAAAUUCCUAAGACCACAUUACCCAACGAUGACGAAACUAUACGACGAAUGGCCGGAGGGUGACGACAAAAUGUCCUUGGCGGAUGUUCUGUCGGUAAUAGGUAUGACCUUCUCAGAUGAGGACCGCCAGGACACCCUCAAGUACCGUUUAUUAUCGCCGACGGAAGAUAUCGGUUCGUGGGGUCAUGAAUACGUGCGUCACCUAGCUUUGGAGAUCGGCGAGGUCUACGCAAAGCGGAUCACCGCCGAGGAACAGGUCAAGGAUCUUGUCGACCUUGCCUUAAUCCUCGUGCCACUGUUCCUAAAGAGCAACGCUGAGGCCGACGCUGUCGACCUUAUGAGUGAGCUCGAAAUUAUUGAAGAACUUCCCAAAUUUGUCGACGAGAACACUUACUCACGUGUCUGCCUAUACCUCGUUAGCAUGGUCAACCUUUUGACCUAUCCAGAGAACGAGCAGUUUCUCCGAACCGCCUACAAUAUCUAUAUGGCCUACAAAGAACUCACACCAGCUAUGAACAUUGCUAUCCGACUUAACGACCUGGAUCUUAUUAGCAAUGUUUUCCACUCUACAACGGAUCCGGCGCUUAAGAAGCAGAUGGGUUUCUUGAUGGGACGCCAGAAGAGCUGGGUCCACGUUACAAGAGAUGAAGACACAAAGAAGGAUUGCCAAGAGAUAGAGGAUGCUGUUAGUAACCUCAGACUAUCGGAAUACUUCAAAACCCUAGGCAAGGAGCUGAACAUCCUCGAACCAAAAUCCACAGAAGAUAUCUACAAAAGCCAUCUAGAAAGCAGUCGGGUCGCUGGUAUGACAAACCUAGACUCUGCGCGCCACAAUCUCGCCGCAGCGUUCGUCAACGCGUUCGUCAAUGCUGGCUUCGGCAAUGAUAAAAUGAUGCUUGUUGCAGAAGAUAAGGAAAGCUGGGUUUGGAAGACGAAGGAUGAGGGUAUGGUGUCAACCGUCGCAUCGCUUGGAACCCUCCUAAUGUGGGAUGUUGAGGCUGGAUUGGACCAAAUUGACAAGUACACAUACAGUUCGGAGCCACUGAUUAUAGCAGGAUCAAUGCUUGCCAUUGGCAUCAUGACGUCGGGCGUUCGAUUGGAUAGUGAUCCUGCCUUGGCGCUGCUAGGUGACACGGACAAGUUGGAGCAUAAAAACCCGCUUGUCCGUGUAACUGCCGCUAUGGGUCUUGGUCUCUCCUUCGCUGGCUCUCAUAAGGAAGAGGUACUAGAGGUCCUUCUACCCAUUGUCACAAGCCCUGAGUCGGAUAUACAACUUGCCGCAAUGGCCGCCCUAUCAUGCGGCAUGACUUGUGUGGGAUCCGCCAAUGAAACAGCCGUUCAGGAGAUAUUGAGUGUUUUCAUGGACGAGGAUCGCGUGAGCCAAUUCUCCGAUAAAUGGAUUCGAUUCAUGGCUCUUGGUCUUGGUCUUCUCUUCUUUGGCCGUCAGGAAGAAGUUGAUGUCAUUUUGGAGACACUCAAGGCCGCAGCUCACCCCAUGAGUCGACCAACAGCCAUCCUCUGUGAGGUUUGUGCCUGGGCUGGCACGGGAGCCGUGCUGAAAAUCCAAGAACUCCUUCAUAUCUGCAACGACCACAUUGAUGCGGACUCGGAAGACAAGAAGAGUGAUGAACUAUUGCAACAGUAUGCAGUCCUCGGAAUUGCGCUAGUAGCUAUGGGUGAGGAUGUCGGGCAAGAGAUGGUCCUACGUCAAUUUGGCCAUCUCAUGCACUACGGUGAACCCAACAUCCGACGUGUAGUACCGCUUGCCAUGGGUCUAAUUAGCCCUAGCAACCCGCAAAUGAAGGUCUACGAUACACUGUCUCGGUAUAGUCACGAUAACGACAACGAUGUCGCGAUAAACGCAAUAUUCGCGAUGGGUUUACUAGGUGCCGGUACGAACAACGCCAGAUUGGCGCAGCUUCUUCGACAACUAGCCAGUUAUUAUCAUCGCGACCAAGAAUCACUCUUUAUGGUUCGCAUCGCGCAGGGUCUAUUGCACAUGGGCAAAGGCACCAUGUCAAUUAACCCUUUCCACACAGAUCGCCAGAUUCUCUCCAGAGUAGCAACUUCUGGUCUACUCUCGAUUCUCGUCGCCAUGAUUGAUGCGAAGCAAUUUGUCACUUCUAGCUCCCACUACCUGCUCUACUACCUCAUCACUGCUAUGCAUCCCCGUUUCCUUGUCACAUUAGAUGAGGACCUCAAGCCUUUGACGGUCAACGUUCGCGUUGGUCAAGCUGUCGAUGUGGUCGGUCAAGCAGGUCGACCCAAGACAAUUACCGGUUGGCAAACACAAAGCACCCCGGUGCUUCUUGCGUAUGGUGAGCGAGCGGAGUUGGAAGAUGAGGAGUACAUAAGUCUAAGCAGUACAUUAGAGGGUCUCGUGAUCCUUCGUAAGGUAAGCUUUUGGCCCUAUAUUCGAUUUAACUCUUAUAAGUAGGUAAUUUGAAGCUAAUCUUGAUGUAGAACCCCGAUUGGGAGGAUGGAAAAUAGAUACCUUGAGGACAUUGAGAGUCGUCGAGGCUUCCCUCAUUACGGAGGUUGAGCUGGACUGGUCGGAGCACGGUUUACAGUUAAUAAAAAAACAUGUACUAUUAAACACAAACAAAUGCACUGC